AAAACAGAAGAUUGAAGUCUAUUCAAUAGUAACUAUCGAAAUAUCCGCCUAACUGUUACUGCUGUCACUGUGAGUAGCAGUUAGUUCACAUGUGCAUCAUUGUUUAAAAAACGAAGCGAGGGCAAAGCAGCCGGAAAGCGUUUUAUAGUUUUGCAUAAUUUUAAUAUACUUUUAUUUAAAUAACUUUGACAUGUCCAACGUUGAGACUGGAGGCGUUGUUCGCGGCGGCGGGAGUGGCGAUUCUGUGAAGCAAGCUAUUAUUGAGGAACUGCAGAAUCUAUUGAGCUCCGACACAAGUGUGUUGCAAAAAGCUGAAAAACGCAACAAUCAACUGCAAUACACUGAAGGCUAUGGCGUUUAUUUGUCUGAAAUUAUCAUGAAUCAGUCUCAUGAGCUGCCGCUCCGGCAGAUUGCCAUUAUUAUGCUAACACGUUAUGUGGAGCAACACUGGACGGACGAUGAUGCUGCUGGUACGGACAAGCCCAGCGGUGCCAUAGCAAGCGAGCAGGCCAAACGCACCGUACGCAACAUAUUGCCAAACGGAUUGUAUGAUCCCAACUCAAAGAUACGAUCCUCGGUAGCGCACACAAUUUCCACGAUAGCAGCCACUGAUUAUCCACAUUGCUGGACAGAAUUGUUCGAUAUUAUAGUCAAGUGCCUUAGCGGCAAUGAGGAUUCUAUACAUGGCGCUAUGCAAGUGCUGCAGGACUUUAGCUACGAUGUAGAGCAUAUAAAGGAGCUGGGUCCAGUUGUCAUCCCUGAAGUGUAUCGUAUUUUUGACUCGGAUCAGAAUUAUUCCAUUAAAACACGCGUCUCAGCCAUACGAAUCUUAAAGCCACUAUUUUCAUCUAUAUUGGGAUUGAUACCAGACAAGCAGGAACAGAGCUCAAUGAUUAACACCAUUCUUACAAACUUUAUGGACAAACUGCUGCAAUAUCUAAGCAUGAAUUGCGGCACUGGCUCGAACUUCUUGCUCCGUUCCGAAAUUAUUAAAGUAUUUACUUAUCUGGUCACGGACAUGCCCAAGUAUAUCAAUCCCUUUAUGGAACGCAUAUUGCCCAUCAUCUGGCAACUCCUAACACAAAUUGCCGAAAGUUAUGUCAAGGUUUCUGUUAACCAAACUGAGGCUAAUCCCUUGACCAGCGGCACCACUGAAGAGGAUGAUGAACAGACAAACUUCCAAACACUAAUUAUACAAAUUCUGGAGUUUAUUAAUUGCAUUGUUACAUGCAGCAAGCUGCGUGGUACAAUCAAAAAUGUGCUGGCAGAUCUAAUCUACAUAACUAUUGUGUAUAUACAGCUAACUGAAGAGCAGAUUGAAGAUUGGCAAGAUGAUCCAGAGAAGUUUGUUGAUGAUGAAGACGAUGGCGGCGUUGAGCUAACUGUGCGCAUGUGUGGACGCGAUGUGCUGCAGGCUAUUAAUGAUGAAUUUGGCGUCAAGUCCAUACAACCUCUGCAGGAGGCAUUGGGGCGACACUUUAGCGUUGCUGAGGCAGAGAAGGCUGCCAACAAUCCCAACUGGUGGAAGAUACAAGAAGCCUGUAUGGAUGCAGUACAUGGCUUCCGUGAUAUAAUACUCGAAGAUGAUUCCAAGUUUGAUUUACUCAACUAUUUAACUAUUGUGCGAAAUAUGUUGGCGCAUCAGGAGUCGCCGCAUUUAGUAGGACGUGCACUCUGGACUUUAAGCACCUACUCCAAAUCAGAUCUGUACAAUCCACAAAUGUUGGUGGAAAUACUUGAUGUGAAUUUAUGCAGUCUGUCGCCGGAAAAGUCUCAUAUUCUACGCAUAAGUGCGGUACGCAGUCUACAUGGCAUAUUGCAGGCCAAUGAGAAUGUGGAGGGUGAGAAACGUACACUGAUUAUCUCCAAGCUGCCUGGUUUCCUCGACGGCGUCCUAACGCUCGUGCCUGGCUGCAAGGCUACUGUGCUAGCGCUGCUUAUGGAAGCGCUCACCAUGAUGGUUAAAUUCGACGCAGACUUUGCUUAUGCAUCUCAUACAAAGAUAACACCGCUCGCCAUUGCUGCCUUUUUAAAGUACGCUGAAGAUCCAUUUGUGCUGGAGAAUGUGCAGGAUCUUAUACGUGCCUUGUGCCAGCGCAAACAGUGUCUGGGCCCAUUGCAGGAAAAGUUUAUACCCACGUUGAUCAGCAUCUUAGCGCUGCAGGAUGAGCAUACCAGCGAAAAUCAGGACAUUGCGUUGGAUGUGCUCAAUACGAUUGUUAAAUAUACUGAGCCUCCGCUGUCCGUGGCGCUGAUAGAGUCCGCCUUCCCCGCUGUGGUCAACUGUGUGCUGAAGACCGACGAUCAUACUGUCAUGGUGGCUGGCGGCGAGUGUUUGCGCAGCUUCAUCAAUGUCUCGCCGGAGCAAAUAUGUGCGUAUAAGAAUGGCGAAGGCGUGAACUAUGUAAUGCAAGUGGCUACAGUGCUGUUGAAUCCCAUGAACUCUGAGAUGACGGCCAGUGGACAGAUUGGUCGCUUGAUUAUAACCAUUAUAACCAAAAUGGGCAGCAUGCUGGGGCAAACUGUGGACAUGUUGCUCAAGGCGGUCAUCAGCAAAAUGCAGAAUCUGGAGUGCCUUAAGGUUAUUAUGAAUCUGGUGUUAAUAUUUGCACAUCUCUUCUUAACACAAAUGGAUGCAGUCCUCAACUUCUUAUCCACUGUGCCUGGACCCAAUGGCGAGCCUGCCAUGCAGUUCGUGCUCACUAAUUGGCUGUCACGUCAAAACUCCUUCUUCGGCGCCUAUGAGCGCAAGGUAACAACCAUGGCCUUGUGCAAACUCUUCGAGUAUGGGCUGACCACGCAGGAUAACCGCUUGACCAGCAUCACAUACGAGGAACUGGUGGAUGAGCCUUGUGGCGAACGCAUUCGCACACGCUCUGUGGCUGCCACAUAUCAAAAGUGGGUUACAAUGCCCGCACUUGUUAAAAUCUUCAAAGUGUUAAUCUCUGAGUAUCAACACUUCCAAGAGGGCAAAGUGGAUGCGCUGCUGACAGAUUCCGAGGAUGGUGCCAGCGAGGAUGAAGACGCUCCAGGCACUGCAGCCAAGCCGCGCUAUAUAUCCGAUUUGCUGCAUGAUUACGAUGAGGAUAAUGCCGAGGAUGAGCAAAUACUGCAAACGCUCUUCAAGGAAUCCAAUUACUCCGGCGACAUUGGUGAAAAUCUUAAGCAAUUUUUAGCCAACUUUACCCAAAACGAACAUUUUCCAACUUUCUACGAACAUCUCAACGAAGCAGAACGCCUUAUACUGCUAAACAAAGUGCAGCAAAAGUAGAAUAAUAUAUUUUUAUAAAAACCCAGAGGAAAAAGAACAUUGUUUGUUAGAAAUUCGUAUCAAGCGCAUAUUUAUUUGAUUUACUGUUAUAAACAUGAAUUGUUUUCGAAAAUAAUUAAUUUG